AUGGCGAGUGCAGUGCCAAGAAAGUUUGCAUUGAAAUCACAAAACAAUUCAAAGUACCUGUGCUUCAACAGAGACAACACCAACAAACAUUUGAACGGAUUGCUGAGGUUCUCCGAGGAGGAAAUUGAAUUCCCAUUCAGAACCUUCGAAGUGGAGCCGGCGGGAUCAGAUUCGAGGCUGGUGCACAUCAGCGACGGGGUUCGGUUUCGCCAUGUCCAAACCCAAAACUACGCCUGCUUGUGGAGAGACGAAGACAAUGAGAAGGAUGAUGCACAACAUAGUUCUUGCUUAUUCGCGGGAUCAAAGGAUGCUGAUGUCAAAAACUCGUGGGACGUUUUCAGCCUAGUUGAUUGGGAGAACGUGGUGAUAUUGCCCGAAAACGUCACCUUCAAAGGCGACAACGGUUUAUACCUGGAUGCUGCCCCUCAACAACAGAGUAACUACCUUGAGUUCAGAUCCGAUGAUCCUAGGAUUCAAGGUUGUGUCCACGAGGUUUUCCUCACCAACACCGGCACCGUCAUCAUCAAGUCUACUCAAUUUGACAGAUUCUGGACAAACGCCCGUAAUUGGAUAAGGGCGACUAGAGUUUUUAGCUAUACUCAUCCAAGCCCUCGGCCGAUCAAUUCCGCCGGUCUUACCAGAAACUUGCUGUUUGAGCCCGUCAUGGUUGGGAACAAUCAGAUUGCUCUCCGCAGCUUGGAGAACGAUUUGUUUUGUAAGCGCUUCACCAAUGAAGGGAAGGUGAGCUGCCUAGACGCGGGAGUUUCCACCAUCACAAGGGAGGCUGCUCUUGAAGUCUCGGAAGCUAUUAUUUCCAGGGAGAUCAGCAAUGUCCGCUAUCAUCUUGGCGACGCGAGGAUCUAUAAUCAAACUCCCCUCGUCAAGGGCGUCUCGUUCGUCGUGAAUCGGUCACCGACAUCCACCAGCCAGACCGUGAAUUUCAGCGUCACCGACACCACCUCCAACACUUGGGAGUCCAGUCUUUCCUUGAAGUUGGGUGUCAGCAUGAAAUUCAAAGCCGGGAUCCCGUUAAUCGCGUCGACCACAGUCGAGGUGUCCACUGAGUUUACCGGAUCAUACACGUGGGGCGAAACUCGGACCACCGAACGGAUGCUGUCCAGUUCGGUCACGGUUACGGUUCCUCCAAUGUCUAGUGUGAGGGUGAGUAUGCUGGCAACUCAGGGUUCUUGUGAUGUUCCUUUCUCCUACACUCAGCGCGAUGUUCUUGUCAAUGGCAGACCCGUCACCUACCAAAAGGACGACGGCCUUUACACUGGCGUCAAUUCUUACCAAAUCGACUUUGCCACCGAUGCGCCACAACCACUCUCUUGAGUGUAAAACUGAUGGCAUCCAAACACCACCCCCAUCACCUCUUAUUCAUCAUCAUCUAUAAUUAUCCAAUAAAUAAAGGUGGUAAUGCGAUCCAUGAACCGUUGCUUUAUAGUGUCUGUUUGUGUUUUGUGUG